AUGGAAGCGAUUCCGCUUUACCCCGCGGACAAAGUAUCUCCUCAAGGGAUGGCAUGGACGGCCGAGGGAUUCGUGUCCCUCAUGUUCAACAUGUGGGUGCCGACCGAAGAAAUGGACAUCAACAAGCAACUGGACGACAACAUGGCAUGGGGAUAUGCAUCCAUGCCAUCCUUAUGA